AUUCCGAGAUCCCAACGUGCAACUUAUAUGAGAAGAAAAAAAAAAAUAGAAAACCAGUAUUUUAUUUUGAACUUUUUUGAUGGCGAGUAAAUCAAAAGAUAUCCCAGGUGAGAUGGAGCGCCUCGAGCGCAAUAGUCGCAUUAAGAUAGAUAACAUUCGCAAUUUAAUACACGAACUGGGACAUGCCGAGGAUCGUGUUCGUUGCUCAAAUUGGUUACAUUUUCUCAGUUCCUCGGGCAAAGAUGAGGCCAGGGUUCGGAAUUGUUUGCUCGAUCAGAUGGAGCGUCAAUUGCGACAGGGUCAGUUGUCGCAACCUUUCACAACUUAUGUGAAUAAUCGCACUGCUUUGCACCUGCUCCUUGACGAGGAAGGUCGUCAAAGGUUGAGCCACGCCAGUCAGCCAGAAAUGCCCUCCAAGGACACUAUUAGCCAGAAGACAACAUUCAUUUGGCAAACCAGAAUUGAGCAUCUAAACACUCUCGAGGAGCAGUAUCGCCGCCAGGAGCAAGAGCAAUGGCUUCACGAGUUUCCAGUCGCCUUGCAGUCCAAAGAACAGACCGCAAUCCAGGACAUUGGUGUUCAGGUGGAGUUGCCUCCAGGAUCAUCCCGGAAAGAUCAAGCUCCCAAAAAGCAGGAGAUCAAGAAGACAAAGGAUCAAGAGCGUCAAAUUGUGACCGAGCGACGCCAACUGGAUGUCCAACGCAGGGAAAAGGCACGCCUGGCUGGGGAGAAACAUCUUCUCCAGAAACAGCUCAAAGUCAAGGAGCGACGUGACCAUGAACGCUUUUUAAUAAACAAACGACGGGAAGCUCAGAUUCCUCUCAAGAAACACAGAACCAUGGCGCCUUCUCAGCGCCAAAAAGGGGUUCAAGUUCAAGAAGUGAAAAAGGUAAAUAUUAAGUCUGCCAAGGAACCAGUACCUCAACCCAAUAAGCAAGUAAACUGUCAGAAAUGUCACACUGCCAACAAAUGUGCGUGUUCCAAGGUCCUUAAACAUCAGGCCGUCCUUCGAGCGGAGGAUGUUAAGAAAAAGGUGAUGGCCUACCAGGAACUCAAGGAGUACAACAGCAAAAAAGCGGUGGAGGAGCGAGAGCGUCUCAAGAUGCAGCAAUUGAACCAGGAAAAAGCUGUCCUGGAGGAUAAACAGGGCAGAGCAACAGCUGGAGAAAAUCCUUUGGACAGGAAGACAAAGCAAGAGGAAGUCGGUGUAGGAAACGUCAAUGAAGAUAGAAACCAAAAAGAAAGCAAGAGAAAGAGAAAGUUCGAGAAGAAUUAGAACAGAAACAAGAGGAAGAAAGAGAGUACCAAAGGCAGCUUGAAAAAGAGAGGAUAAUGCAAGAAGAGUUGGAAAGACGAGAAGACGAAAGAAUUCAAAAGAAAAUGCAAGAGGAGGAGUAUAAAAAAGAAGAGGAGACUCGAAAAGAAUCAAAACAAAGACGGGAGGAAGAGAGAAAGUAUCAAAGACAGCUUGAAGAGGAAAGAAAUAAAAAACAAUGCAAGAGGAAAAAAUGGAAAAAGAAGAGGAGACUCGAAAAGAAACAAAACAAAGACGAGAUGAGGAAAGAAAGUACCAAAGACAGCAUAAAAAUGAAAGAAGACAAUUGAGAAUUCAAGAAGAGUUUGAAAAAGAAGUGGAGGCUUCAGAAGAAUCAGAACAGAGACAAGAGGAAUACCCACAAAGAAAAUCGAAAAGACAGCUUAAAAAAGAAUUUGAAGAUAUAAAUAUUAACGACGACAAGAAUGAUGUCUAUAAUCUCAUGGAGAAGGCUCUGAUUCAGAAAUGGACCCAUCUUCUUGAGAAGUAUAAAGAGCCAGCUGUUGGGUUAACUUUGGCACAAAAAAUUAAACGCAAGAAGAAGGCACGUAGAGCCAAAGAAAAGUUCUUAAAAGAGGCAACCGAAUACAAUGAGCAACUUGUUAGGAAAAUUCAAGAAAAGUCUAAAAGCAGGAAAAGCAGCUUACCAAUAGAAGAUAAAGAGAAAGAACGCCUGAAGAAUGAUCGCAAAACCAAAAAGAGAGAUGUGGAGGAGCAACCAAAAAGAAACCGGAAAUCGCACCAAUCAAAAAGCAAGGACACUCUUCAUAAAGGAAACAAAUAUUUUAUCGACAUGUUCGAGCAUAUUGUGCAAGAGCAGGAGGCGCAGCCAAAUCCAUAUGAUGAAGUUGAAAAUUGUUUUAUGAAGGAGAAUCUAAAGGUUUUGUCAAAAUCAAAAGAGGCAGCCGCCCAUCUUAGUGCUCUCUUCUUGGACUGGCAAAAGAAAUCGGAAGAGAACAUAAAGCAAACAAAUAUCCUUAGAGAGAGAUGCUUGAACGAGCUGCGACAUUUUGAUAUUGAUAUAAGACGUAUAUUUUCGGUAGCUUUUGGGGAUGAUGCAAGUCCACCAGUUUCGGAACAUUUAUCGGAGGAUCAACGCCUUGAAGGCGGUGCCAGAUUCAGAUACACUUCAUACAAUGAUACAGAAUCGAAAGCUGGGGAAUUCCCUCGCUCCAACACAAAGGAAAAUGAUCCAUCGAUAGAGCAAGAGGGUUUUACCACCAAUGUACUUUAUAUGAAGGGAGAGUGGAAAGCUUCGACCUCUGCAAAUGAUGAGGAAGGUGACACGGAAUCGAUAGGUCAAAAAUCUUGUUCUGUCAAGAUCCUUUAUAAGCGGGAACCAUGGCCAGCUUCAAGUUCUGCAAAUGUUGAGGAAGAAUCGCGACAAUAUUCGGGUGACAUUGGUUUAUCCUUUUGUAUUAAGAAUGGCCGGAAGCAUUAUCCUCACAUUUGUCGAAAUGCAAGGAUCCGCAGGAAGCAAGACCCUUCCAAACCUUCGACUUUUGGACAUAUCAUAAAAGGAUCACGACCAACUAAACUCAGUCCAAGUGUCCUGACUGGUCAGAAUUAUGUUCUAGAGAGAAAGUUGUCCGUUGCCAAGAAGGAUGCCAUUAACAAGCACCUUAAGAAAUCAUUGAUGUUUGAAGCUAGACGUUUGAUUGAAUAUUUGGUGGUGGAAAAAGUCAAAUCCCAGCCAAAGCUGCCGAGGCAUCCUUUUCAAGUUCUUGGCGAUCCCCUGUUGGAAAAUGUGGAAGAUGU